AUGUGGAAGGGAGAGGUAAUUGAAACAGGGGUACAUACCUUAACUUGCAGAUUUGAAGCUUUGUCCCAAAACUUUAAUUGCCACAUCACAGGGGUCUAUGCUCCAAACUGUAAGGUUGAAAGAAAAGAAGUAUGGGAUGAGCUAGGGGCGGUGAAAGGGAUACUUGAAGGUCCCUGGGCAGUAUGUGGGAAUCUCAAUGUGUGUAGGUUUCCAACAGAAAAAAGGGACUGUCAAAGAAGGACCUCUGCGAUGAUAGAGCUAUCAGAAACCAUUGAAGACCUGGAACUCACAGAUCUGCCCCUAGAAGGAGGAAGUUAUACAUGGUUUAGAGGAGACACUAAUAAUACAACAUCAAGGAUAGACCGAGUUCUAUUCUCAGUAGAGUGGAGUGAACAAUUUAAUAGGGUAAAAAAGAAGACUGUACAGAGACUGACAUCAGAUCAUGGAAAGCUAGAUUAUUUACUUGCUUACAAAUUAAAAGCUCUGAAAGGCAAGCUAAAGGAAUGGAGUAGGGAAGAAAAAGGAAACCUAUCUUUGCAAAGAUUUACCUUGCUAAGCAGAAUGACAGCCAUGGAUACUAUAAUUGAGAGAAGAGCUUUGACAGAAAAGCAUCUGCAAAGGCUGCAACAUUUGUUGAAUUUGAGGAAUUGCUAA